UUGAAGACUCUGAUUAGCAUGCUCAGGUGUGUUUGAUUAGGGUUAGAGCUAAACUCUGCAGGCCAGAUUUGAGGAUGCCUGAUGUAAAGUUUCAUGUCAUGGAAAUCACGUUAUCGAAUCAAACCGAUGAAAGCAGUCCGACUCCGCCCACUUUGCGCCUGCGUUUAAAUGUGUUUUUCUCAUCCAUCCUUUUAAUUUCAGUAGUGUCACAUGUUCGUAAUGUUUCUGACUCGUGUUGAUUUGUAGACAGGAGUUGUUUUUCAUUACAGUCAUUUAUCAUCAACAUGUGGAUUAUUGUGUCUCUCUUCGUGCUAACUUUGACCGCGCAGGUGUGGUCCAAAGUUUGCCCAUGUGCUCAAGAGGAGCUCUGUCAGCCCAUCCGAUCCCAGCCGGGGUUUGAGGUUUUUGUAUUUGAUGUUGGGAAAAAGGCUUGGAAGUUUUAUGACUGGACCCAAGUAACAACGGUUGCAGCUUUUGGAGAAUAUGAUGCUGAACUCAUGUGUUACGCUCACUCUAAAGGAGCUCGUGUGGUCCUGAAAGGAGAUGUGCCACUCUCAUAUAUUGUGGAUCCAGUAAAUAGGACAGCUUGGAUUCAGGAAAAAGUCCAGUUAGCAAAGAGUCAGUUCAUGGAUGGAAUAAACCUAGAUGUUGAGCAGGGAGUGGAGACCGGUUCCCCUGAAUACUAUGCUUUGACAGCCCUUGUCAAGGAAACCACUGAAAGUUUCCACACAGAGAUCCCAGGCUCUCAGGUAUCAUUUGAUGUGGCUUGGUCACCCAAAUGCAUUGAUAAGCGUUGCUAUGACUACCUUGCUAUUGCCGAUUCAUGCGAUCUCUUGUUUGUUAUGUCCUAUGAUGAGCAAAGCCAGAUCUGGGGUGAUUGUAUUGCCAUGGCAAAUGCCCCCUUCAAUCAGACAUUGACAGCCUACGAUCAAUACAUCAGCAUGAACAUAGAGCCAAAGAAACUUGUGAUGGGUGUUCCAUGGUAUGGUUAUGACUACAGCUGCCUGAAUUUUACAAAGGAUGGGAUAUGUACAAUUCCAAAAGUGCCAUUCAGAGGGGCUCCAUGUAGCGACGCAUCCGGCAAACAAAUUCCCUACAGCAUCAUGAUGAAACAGAUCAACAGCUCAAUAUCAGGACGACUGUGGGAUGAGAACCAGCGAGCUCCAUAUUAUAAUUACAAGGACACAGAAGGCAGGGUCCAUCAGGUGUGGUAUGAUGACCCUGAAAGCAUUGCUCUGAAAGCUGCCUAUGUGGCACAACGCGGUCUGAAAGGAAUUGGAAUGUGGAACGGAAAUCUCCUGGACUACAGUAGUGACCCAAUCGCCCAGCAACAGACGGUGGACAUGUGGAACGCCCUUACAUCCGGUGAACACAGGGAGUCUGCUGCCGUCCCCUAGCUUCGUUUCUUGUUGUCUAUAUACACAUAUGGUCUGAAUGACAGAAGGUGUUGUGCUUACUCAAAAACACAUCAUGAAUCUGACAAAUAUUUAAUUGCUUUAUCACAAACCGAAUAAACGGCACACUCCAUUUCAGCAAGCCUAAAACCUUUUAUUUAACUGAACAUUAUUGACAUUGGCACGUUUACUAAAUGUAAUCAUUUGCAUGACCAUAAUUUCUAGUUCACUACUGCAUAUCAUGAUUCUAAAUCAGCAGGAUCUGCAGGUCUUAUAGUAAUGUCUUUCAAAUCAGAGCAGAGAGCAGGAUGUCUUAAAUGUAUAAAAGCAUAGCGUGAAGUGCUGCAUACACUGCAAAAGAAAAAAAAUUCCAAGUAUUUUUGUUUUCCAAUUCAAAUAUCUAAACAUCCUUAAAUACAUUUACUGGAAGAUGCAAAAUGCAGAUAGUUGAAGUCUUGUUUUUUGAGAAAUUGAACAAAAUUAAGCAAAUUUAUGCUUAAAACAAGAACAAAUGUCAAUGAGGUACGAAAACUCGUUUUCCCUUUGAAUUAGCUUGUGUUCUAAGCCCGCUGGCCGAUAUUUGUUUCUGUUUUAAUCACAACCUUACAUUUUGAUCAAUUUCACAGAAAACAAGACAUGUCUUCUUGCUUCUCAAGUAAAUGUCUUGAUUAAGGAAUCUUUAAACAUUUGCACUGUAAAACUAAAAUACUGAGGACCAACAUCAUUUUUUUGCAGUGUGAUUAAGUAGUACAGGUAGAGUUAUUUCUAUAUUCUAGUGGUUGGGAGCAGAGUGCUCUCAUGUGGUGAACGGCACUUGUAUUCACAGUCACUUGUACUCUGCAGGUGAUGAACUGGUUUCCUUCAAACAUGAUGCUUAGAAUUGAGGUUCAUCAGACCAAAGAAUCUUGUUUCUCAGAGUCUGAGGGUCCUUUAGGUGCUUUUUUGCUAAUUGCAAGUGUGUUUUCACGUGUCUUUACUGAGGAGAGGAUUGAGUUUGGCCGCACCGCCACAAAGCCCAGAUCGGUGGAGUGUUGCAGUGACGUUUGUCCUUCUGUAGGUUUCUCCCAUCUGCAUAUAUGAUCAUGGAACUCAACUAGGACCAUCAGGUUCUUGGUCACCAGACUAACCAAAGCCCUUUUCCAUCAAUUGCUCAGUUUGACGAGAUCUAGGAAGAGUCCUGCUUGUUUUAAACUUAUUCCAUUAAGGGUAACCGAGACUACAUGCUACAUGUGCAUUCCCCGAUACAAUCCUGUCUCAUGAAUUCCUUGGACUUCAUGGCUUGGUUUGUGCUCUGACAUACACUGUUAACUGUAGGACCUUAUAUGGACAGGUGUGUGCCUUUCCAUAUCCUGUCCAAUCAACUGAAUUUACCUCAGGUAGACUUCAAUCAACUUGUAGAAACAUCUCAAAGAUGAUCAGUGCACCUGAGGAUCAGAAUGCACCUGAGCCCAAUUUUGAGUGUCAUGGCAAUACUUAUGUACAUGUGAUUUAUUAUUAUUUUUUAAUAAAUUUGCAAAUAUUUUA